AUGGCAGACGACGUCACGACGCUAGCCCAAUUCAGCUUAGACGGGUCACGUGAAAAGCGCAGCCUCAACGACGCCCUCUAUCUACGCCAUCUUGUCACUUAUAAUGUGGAAUAUGACACCAUUUUUCACGUUUCUCUAUCUUCACGGGAUGGUGCAGCCUUCCCACUUUGCUUUGAUUUAUGCAACGAGACCAACUUUAUGGUAAUGUUGACAGGAGAUCUCUUUUUAGGGAUCUUGCAGAUUUUUCCAUUGUACGGCCAAAACUCAACCAUCAAAAUCGCUCAUCAAUAUAUUCAAGACAGCGAUUUUGCCUACAUCAAGUCAAGAACUGAAAACCACACACCCCAAAAUUCCCUAAGUCAGCGAACUUAUUGCUGUCGCCAGAAGCGGAAGAUCGAGCGGUUCGGCGCUGAUAACUUGUACCAUAAGGACGGUCCCUACUAUCCCUAUCCCGUUAAGCGAUGCGGAGGCUCUCAAUCCUCAGCAGUGGUUGCUGGUGGAGAUAGUUUAAGAAGCCUUUCUGACUCGAACAUCACUGUCUAUGUUGGCGUCAUGUGCAACGAGUUCGUGCAUAGUAGGCGAAUCUGCUUCCCUUUGGCUACCCAUCCUAUUGCGAUUGCCGAGAUGGAGGAUGGAUCUGGGAACCUUCCAAAUCCCCUGAAAGAGGAGGACUCGCCCCACCUUCGGCUACUUGAGGCAAGGUGCAUCGAGCUCCUUGAGAAAAGAAUCGCUGAUCUGGAAGCAAUUGUGACGAAAUCGGACAAGGCCGUACGGUAUUACUGUGAUACUUGCACUAAACAUGUCCGCUCAUAUUCCCAGGAAUCUAAGCUCUCAAAUCAGGGCUUGACGUCGAACGAAAGGCUGUGUUUCAAUCGAAUACCUGUUUACUUCAAGUUUGAAGAUUUUCAGGGUUCGCGGAUGACCAAUGCUCUACAAUUCAUCCGCUUCGCUAUCAUUUCAUGGAUGAAGACACAGAGUCGAAGGGAAACUUUGAUUUUUGUAUUCGAGAUGUUGGUGCGCAAAUAUCUAGCUAUGAAGGUACCUCAAUAUCUCAUGGCAGUGGCUUCUAGAGACUUAAAAAUAGCCAUAACCAAGCAAGUGUUCCAUACCUUCCGCCGCUCGUUUCGGAAAUUGCAAGAAGGCGGAAUGUUCCAUCCAAACAAGGAGAGCGUAGACAGGUUGGUGGAGCCUCACAUUAAUCUAUAUCAAUGUAGUUUUGGCCUUGCUGACCUUAAUUUGCUUCAGAUUACCGGCCGUGUAGUCGAUUUUGACUCGUAUAUUCAACACGCACCAAAUACGGGAAUACGUGCUCCAAUGGGCGAUGCUCUGUUCUCAGCACGUUAUGACGAGUGUCGCUGUGGAACCUGCACACACAAUACAGCGCUAAAUCGUAAUCAACGACGAGAUUUCGAUGACUAUUCCCGUAGCAAAUCUUUCACCGACGAGCAAUACCUCUUUUGUCCUCUAUGUGUCUUAGGAUAUCACAUUGAUACCCAAACUUGGAUUGAGCUAGAAGUGGAUCAGGUUGUUAAUAUUUCCCAGCCCGGCCUUGUUCAGAGUCACACAAGCGGGACGGGGAAGCAACCGAUGAUGGAAGACAUCGUCUCGGGAAAAGGGAAAGGCCUGGUCAUUCUCCUCCAUGGUCCUCCCAGAGUGGGCAAGACAUCGACCGCUGAAAGCGUUGCUCCAACGUCGAACAACCUUGAGUCCCUCUUCAAGCUUGCUGCACGGUGGCGUGCUGUUCUCUUACUCGAGGAAGACAUCUGCUUCCGCGAGUCACGCAGCUCGCACACAUCCGACCUGACCCACAACGCGCUCGUCUCUCGGUAUCUUGAUCCUAACCACGAACCGCAUCAACCAAUUCGACAUCGCCGUCUAAUAUCGCAAGAAGAAAAUCUUCCAGAAGUUCACAGACGAAUAAUCUUGAAUUGGUUCCGAGACGACCCGUAUGCACCAGAGUGGUUUGAAAGCUUGAAUGGGAGGCAGUUGAGAAAUGUGCUGUCUUCUGCUGCGAGUUUGGCACUUAAGGAUGGUGAGGAUUUGAGGUUGGAUCAUAUUAAGACUAUGGCGAAGAUUACGGUGAAGUUCCAGGAGAGCUUGAGAGUCGUGGCGCAGAAUGCAAGGAUUAAGUCUGAGGCGGGGCUGUAUGGGAAUUGGGUCGGUGAUUUCACUGGAUACGUUGUAUGUUGUCAUUGCUGCCAAAGUCUUGUCCAUUUAAUUCUUGCUCACCAUACCUCCCUUUAUCCCUCAAAGGAAUCUUUCUUGGGGAAUGUUUUAGGCCUUUGUCCUCUCUUCAUACUAAGAGCAAUUAAAUGCUUGGGCAUCGUAGACUGGAGUAGUAGUAGUCGCAGGAGGUUCAGUUAUCUCCGCAAACGCGCUAAGCCAAACACGGCAUCAGUACCUACUGAAAGAACAAGUGCUCCUGCAUACAUUCAUACGCGAUUUUCGAGCUCAAUCAGAUUGAAAUGUUCCUCCCUUCGCCCUUCCCAUAUUCGCCCCUCUUUUCUCCAUAACCCCUGGCUCCUACAGCCUUCAUGCCCUCUAGCUCACUUGGGAGAGCGCCAGGCAAGUUCCAUCAAAGGCACAUUUUACCACAUGUACUUUGGUCAUUAA